AUGGAUGUUCAGACGCAAUCUCGAGGAGCACGUAUCUUCUCGAUCUUGAACGACAACGAUUGUCCGUCUUUCGUCAUCCGCCCGAGGCAAUCUAGGCAUUCUUCUCCAGAGCCGGAGCCAGAGUCUGAGCGCCGCCGUUCGUCAAUCUCUCCGUCGUACUCUCCGCCACAGCGGGAAGAGCGACCGCUUCUCCUGCGUCAACCAAAGUACGCGAGAGAAUCGUCCAUCUCCUCGGUCGGCUCGCCUCCUCUGCUGCGGCUCUCGUCCUCUUCAUCCAAGGGUUCCAGUUUCAGCAUGGACUCUUCUCCGUCACCAGCAACCCCCUACAACUACGUGGACAACAGCCUACUACACUAUGACCCGCUCGUGCGCCAAGACCUUGUGGGCUACUUGCCUUCUCCCACCACCGUCACCCCAUUCCUAGAACAACACUUGAUGAUCACACCAAAUAUGCCGGAUCAAUUCUCUAGCAAGCUGAUGCAUCAUCCCCUCACCCCUGCCCAAUAUCCCAUCGUGCCCGCGCCGCUUCAUCCGGGUCUCCAAACUCUUCACCCCACAUCAACGAAUGCCACUACUGCGACCGCGCCCGUCCUCCCGCCGGUCACCUCGGCUCCUGCAUGCGAACCAGCCGCAAGAACCUCUCCCACGACGAGCACAGCUCCCCCUUCCGGCAAGAAGAACAAAUAUCCUUGUCCAUAUGCGCAGUCACAUAACUGUCAGGCAACAUUCACCACUUCGGGGCAUGCGGCGCGUCACGGAAAGAAACACACGGGAGAGAAGGGAGUGCAUUGCCCCAUCUGCAACAAGGCAUUUACACGAAAAGAUAACAUGAAGCAACAUGUGCGCACACACAAGGGUCUGUCGGCGUCGGGCAGCACUAGUGACGAAUCCACGCGUAAGAGCAAGGCCGCCAUCACCAAAGACGCGCAGAAGGCCAAGCAGCGGAAGAAGUUGGACAAGAUCAACACAGAAGCCAGCCGCCGGUCCAGUUUGAUUCAUUCGCCUUUGUCCGAGGUGACAUCGAUCGCACCUACAGCUAUCGAUACCCCUCUCAAUGUCGAGGAUUCCGCUUUCUACCAGGAGCCGCCUCAAAUCGUGAUGCCCAUCCAGGCCAUGCCGGAGAGCGUAUCUCCCAGCUCUCUCUAUCCGCCUUUGGUCGAUGACCCACUAUUGAAUAGCACUCCGAUCGGCCAAGUGCAUACUUUGCGCAAAUCGACCCACCCCACUUUGGGAGGGAGUGGUCUGUUGGGAUCCAUGCCUCCUUUGACGCGUGGCUUUUCAGAUUUGGAUACCCUGGCGCAGGCCGCCGAAAGCUUCGACACAUCCUACUAUCACCCAACUUUGUAA